ACAGGUCACAACGCCUCCUGUAACUUUGACAUCUUCAAGAGACAUAGGCUUCAGCAUUGAUGUUUACUUUGCUCUAGUUGCAUCUACCUUCUAGAUGGGACACAGUCGGUUCCCAAAUCAAGAUGGUCUCCUUCCACCUGAAAGUGAGGCAUUCUGCAGCGAACAGGGCGUCGAACGGCGAGAAGAGGGAAGAGGAAGACGAGUCUCCAAGGCGGCACUACUGACUUACCGACAAUGGUAUCUGGUUUCGAGUUCACGGGACCACUCUAAGGAAGAAACGGGUGGGCCGGUCUUUAUAAGACAGCGGAUGGAAAAUACUUUUUCUGCUUCAGUAAUCUGGGUCAGCAGCGGGCAGUGAUCGUAAUAGUGAUGUCAGCUGGGAGCAGGGUAGAGGUUGUUCAGAGUGCUGAGGCGCUGCAGCGUGAGGAUCAUGUCAGCACAGACCCUCCAAUAGCCACAGAGGAGUGGCAGGGGGAAGCUGAGGAUGAAGAGAAGGGACACCUGCCAGCCGUUCUGGGAAAGACAGAGACACAGGAGCCUGUGGGCAAAGAUAAACAGCACAAGAGGACGGAGAUGGAGAAGUCUCUCGGGAGAAGGUGGGAUGCUCAAGGGACGAACAGGGAACAGGUGAUCCAGGCAGAUGGCGCUGCAGCAGACUCUGACUGCUUGGUUGAGCACUCUCGGAGUAGGCGUGUGAGUAGGAGAGCUGAAGUAAAACACCAGAGACAAGCUGUACAGGUGCACAAACUUCAGAGGAGAAACAAGAGCCCAGAAGAGUCAAAAAGACCUGGAACCUUCUUCUAUUUUGGAGGAGGAAAUGGGGAAUCUAUAGUUGUUCCAUACUGUGAGAGCAAUGGCUGGCAGCGUAUUUACGACAAAAGCAGACUGGAUUAUGGAAUGAAAUGGUGUGAAGUGAAAUCUACCCAUACUUACUACCACUUCAGAGAAGGAGAGCAGUUGGUGUACCAGAUCCCAAACAACAGAAUCUUGACCACAAAAAUAGGUCUUCUGAACAGUCUCAGAGAGUAUGACAGAGUCAUCAGCAAGAUCAACCAUGGAAAAGGACAAAGAAGACUGGAGAUGGGCGAGUUUAUUCCAGACACGUUCCGUAUGGAUGUAAAAGUCGAGAGGGAAGCUUUCUUUUCCCAGCAAGAUGGAUUCUGUGAUGACAAAAACAACAUAUGGAUCUGCAAGCCAACCGGACUGAACCAGGGUCGAGGCAUCUUCCUUCUUCACACACCGGAGGAUAUUGCAGCCUUCAAAGCCAGGAUGCAGAUGUUAGCAGAAAGCAAAACAAAUAAGGAGAUUGCUUUGAGUAUGUCACAAGCAAUGAUUGCUCAACGGUAUAUCCAAAACCCUUUGCUCCUAAAAGGCAAAAAAUUUGAUGUAAGAUCGUACUUACUUAUCGCCUGCACCUCACCGUACAUGGUGUUCUUUCGUCAUGGUUACGUUCGGCUGACCUGUGACCUUUAUGACCCCAAGUCCAACAACCUCACCGCACACUUGACCAACCAAUAUAUGCAGAAGCGGAAUCCUCUGUACAGCAUACUGAAGGAGGAGACAGUCUGGUCCAUGGAGCGCUUCAACAGCUACAUUAACGACAAGUUUAUGGUGCCGAAGUCUUUGCAGAGAGACUGGGUUUUAAAUGUUUUCACAAAAAGAAUGCAGCAGAUUAUGACUCACUGCUUUCUGGCUGUCAAAUCAAAGCUGGAGUGUAAACUGGGAUACUUCGAUCUGAUUGGUUGUGACUUUUUGAUUGAUGAAGACUUCAAGGUCUGGUUACUAGAGAUGAACUGUAAUCCUGCUCUUCACAUUAACUGCGAAGUGCUCAAAGACGUGGUGCCCAAAACAGUCACAGAAACUCUGGACCUGACCCUGGAGAUCUUCAAUAAAUGCUGCUCUGGCCUAAAGCUUCUGCCCCUGAGCAGUCAGAAAGAUUUUGUUCUACUGCAUUGUGGUGACACUGAGGCUAUGUUAGUCACCAGACAGAGAAGCAGAAGAGCUCUCAGAACAACAUGUUCCAAACAACGAUCUUGACACUGUCACUUCAUAUCUAAUGCAUGUCCAUCUCCCUCUUUGGUUAUUUCAUACAACAGAGGUGCUUUCACUAGCCAACAUGUACUAAGGCCAAGGUAAAAUUUAGAUAAUGAACAAGCUACCUCAUUCACUUUAUCCAGUCACCAGUCCUCCUCACACACCGAUCAUGGUGAGGUCUUAGAAACAGGCCAGAAUCCUCCGAGUACAAAAUCUGGUGUCGUUCCUACAUACAUGGACUGCACCUAGCAGCAACCUGAAGUGACCUCUGUGACCUUGGACCUCAGCAAGCCAGAUCAUGUGAAGGCAAAGACUGUAAUUAUUUCUCUGACUAUAUCCCUGCUGAAUGAUGACUCUAUCACUGGCAAACUCAUGACUGACUCUGGCCAAGCAGAGCAAAUGGAUACUCAGAAAGAGGGUUGGAAUCAAAUUGGAGAUGCAUGAAAACAUGUGAAUGCUAAUACUUUUCUUCUGAAUUCAUGACACUAUUCAUGCUUGUUAAAGCAUUUCUGUCAUCUGAUAUAAACCUGUAUACGGUGGCUUAGUGUUUUUGCACAGUUUGCCUCACAGCUCUGGGGUUAGAGUUAUGAAUCCCAUUUCCACUCUGUGAGUGCAAUAUUUGUAUGUUCACUCUUUGAUUCGUUUUCCUCCAAAGACAUGCAUUGUAGGCCGAGUAGCAUCUCUACAUUGUCUGUAGUGUGUGAAUGAGUGUGUGAGUGUGACACCCUGUACAGAGUGUCCCGGGUCCAUGCGACCCUGUGUAGAAUAAAUACGGAAUAUGGAUGAAUGGAUCUCAUGUUGACUUUGUAAGACUAAUGAUGCCUACUGGAAUAAGUCUUUAAAAAUGUGAAUGUAGAUCUAUGCCGAUAGUCAGGCUUUUAGUGUGUAUGCAGUCUUAGAAACACUCCCCUUAGGAAAUUGUUUAUUAUAAACAAUAUCAUGAA